AUGGCUGACGGCGAGAGCUGCAGCCCGGCGGGCGCGGAGCGGGGAGAAGACUUUGAAAUUAUCGACAGAAACCUCGUUCCCAACGCCGCCGAGCUGAAAGAUGAGGGGAAAGGGAAAGCCGCGGAAGAAGCGAGGUGGUCUGCGCCCAUCUUCUCGCUGGCUAAGAAAGCCUCGGAAAACUUAGCGCUGAGCUACGGCCACGCUUUGAAGUCUGCAGCUUUGGUAGGAUUCAUGUCCAAACCCGUGGGCAAUGACAGCACCGCAAAAACAAUUGCCCGCUGCCACGCCAUGGAGGAGCGCGCGAACCUCAUGAACAUGAUGAAGCUCAGCAUCAAGACGCUCAUCCAGUCGGCGCUGAGCCUGGGCCGCACGCUCGACUCAGACUUCCCGCCCCUGCAGCAGUUCUUCGUGGUGCUGGAGCACUGCCUCAAGCACGGCCUCAAGGUGAAGAAGACUUUUAUUGGACAGAACAAAUCGUUUUUUGGCCCUUUGGAAAUAGUGGAGAAACUUUGUCCUGAAGCAUCAGAUAUAGCAACUAGUGUUAAAAAUCUGCCAGAGUUAAAGACUGCUGUAGGAAGGGGAAGGGCUUGGCUUUAUCUUGCACUCAUGCAAAAGAAACUGGCAGAUUACCUCAAAGUACUCUUGGACAACAAGCAUUUACUAAGUGAAUUUUAUGAACCUGAUGCAUUGAUGAUGGAAGAGGAAGGAGCCGUCAUUGUGGGUCUGCUAGUUGGACUGAAUGUUAUUGAUGCAAACCUUUGCUUGAAAGGAGAAGAUUUGGAUUCCCAGGUUGGAGUGAUUGAUUUUUCCUUGUACCUUAAGGAAACUCAGGACAGUGAUGACAAACAAGAUGGAGGGAUUACUGCUGUGCUUGACCAGAAGCAUUAUGUAGAAGAACUUAACCGACAUCUAAGUUGCACAGUUGCAGAUCUUCAGAACAAAAUAGACUGUUUAGAAAAGACCAAUUCAAAACUCCAGGAAGAGCUUGCAGCAGCAACUGACCGAAUUGGAUCGCUGCAGGAAGAGCAGCAGCAGUUAAAACAACAAAAUGAAUUGAUUCGUGAACGGAGUGAAAAAAGUGUAGAGGUAACAAAGGAAGACACAAAGGUAGAACUGGAUACCUAUAAGCAGUCACGCCAGGGUCUGGAUGAAAUGUACAGUGACGUCUGGAAGCAGUUAAAAGAAGAAAAAAAAAUCAGGCUGGAACUAGAGAAAGAGCUGGAGUUACAGAUUGGAAUGAAAACCGAAAUGGAAAUAGCCAUGAAACUUCUGGAAAAAGAUACUCAUGAGAAACAAGACACUUUGGUUGCCCUCCGCCAACAGUUAGAUGAGGUGAAAGCCAUUAACCUGCAGAUGUUCCACAAAUCCCAGAAUGCAGAGUGUUCAUUACAACAGAAAACAGAAGCAAUAUCGUCUUUUGAAGACAAAACAAAUGAGAUGAUGUCUGCUAUGAAACAAAUGGAAGAGAGAUUGCAGCAAGCAGAAAAGGCCAGGCAGGCUGCAGAAGAAAGAUGCACCAAGAUGAAGCAAGAACUUGCUGGCAGGCUUGACACUUGUCGGCAGCAGAUGUCCCAGCUGGAUAGCAAAUGCUGCAGUCUGGAGAAAGAGUUAAAAUCUGAGAAAGAGCAGAGGCAAACUUUGCAAAAAGAACUACACCAGGAGAAGGACACUACCACACUGCUUAAAACAGAACUGCAGCAAAUGGAGGGACUGAAGAAGGAACUGAGAAAACUGCAAGAUGAGAAGCAGCAGUUAGAGAAAGUCUGUGAGGAGCAGGAACAAGCUCUUCAAGAAAUGGGGCUUCAUCUCAGCCAAUCUAAGCUGAAGAUGGAAGAUAUUAAAGAAGUAAAUAAAGCACUAAAGGGUCAUACCUGGCUGAAAGAUGAUGAAGCCACACACUGCAAGCAAUGUGAAAAGGAAUUCUGUCUUUCAAGAAGGAAGCAUCACUGCAGGAACUGCGGUGACAUCUUCUGCAACACUUGUUCCAGUAAUGAACUCGCGCUGCCCUCCUAUCCCAAGCCUGUCCGUGUUUGCGAUACGUGUCACACUUUGCUGCUGCAGCGAUGCUCCUCCAAUUCCUCCUAAGGCUUUGGUGGUCUCGAGAGAACCCUUUAACAUUGGAAAAGUAGCCAUUAUUUUUUUAAUUCUGAAUUUCAGGUACCUUCUGUGCAGCAGAUGUGUUUAAAUUUUCCACUGUAGGAAAUGUAAGAACUUGUAUGAGUUAUGCAAGUUAAUGUUUCUCUAACUGGAAUGAUUAAGUUUCCAUUAAAGUUCUAUUUCAGACUAAAAUGCAAACUCACUUUUUCUGAUUUUAUACCAGUUGUUUGUACUAAAACUUGUACAUUUCUCUACUAGUGAGCCCUCUGGCUGUUCCUUUUUCUGCACACUGACUUCAUGGUUCUACUGUGGCUGCUGUACAGUUUUCUAUUUGCUUGAAGAGAUGUCUAUAUGAAUUGUCUAUAGCAAGAGCUCUAUUAGUGUUAAUGAAUGUGCCUUCACUCAAGUCACUA